AUGGACUUCUUCUCCUCGAAACCGGCCGCCCCUGCGGUCACCACCCUCCCCCCCGACUUGUUCGACACCACCACGCUCGUCUCGCUCGCGGCGACUGUCGCCAUUGUCGCCGUCGCAUACGGAGCUUCGUGCCUUGCGCUCAAGAAGGGAACCUCAACUGCCUUGCGCUUCCUCUUCAUCUGGCACCUGAGCGACGCGCUCUGCCACUUCAUCCUCGAGGGCAGCUUCCUCUACCACUGCUUCUUCAGCUUCGUCCCCGCCAGAAGCAGAGAGGCAAAGGGUCUCUUCCCCUCGGCGCACAACUACCUGGGCUACGGCGCAACACGCAUCUACGGCCCCCAGUCUGCACCCGAGAACCCCUUUGCUGCUCUGUGGAUGGUCUAUGCCCGCGCCGAUAAGCGCUGGGCUGGUGCCGAUCUUGGCGUCAUUAGCUUGGAACUCCUCACCGUCUUCUUCGAUGGUCCCGUUGCCCUCUACGUCGCCUACCUCAUCUCCAAGGGCAGCCCGAAGGCUAGCUUCUGGAUGAUCAUCCUGGCCACUUGCGAGCUCUACGGCGGCUUCAUGACCUUUUGCCCCGAGUGGCUCGUCGGCAACGUCAACUUGGACGGCAGCAACUUCAUGUACAUGUGGGUGUACCUCGUCUUCUUCAACAUGCUCUGGGUCUUCAUCCCUCUGUACGCCGUCUACUACUCGUACAACGACAUCACCCACGCCUUCACUGUCCGCGACAGCAAGAAGAAGAACUAA